ACAGAUCUGUAGCCCCGGGAGAUCUUCUCGCCCUCUCCGUUUCCACGCGUCUUAGGCGUCUUCCAGUUUCAAGUGUGUGUUUAGGGUUUUUUUUUUUUUUUUUCUUUUCAGUUUUUUCUUUUCCCUCUAAAUCUCCUCGGGAAUACCGCAUAUCGAAGCAGGUGGCUCCUGGUACGAAAUAUUUGGAUACAUUUUAUUUGCCAAGUUUCGCUCUUCCUUGUCCCCUCCCGCUUUCAGAGGCAUCUGUGGUGCUUUUCUUUUGGAUUUACAUGCAGAAAACGUAUCUGUGUUUCUGUACCGGCCGGAUAAUACACAAAUACGUACAUAAACGCGUACCCAAGCGCCUGCGUUUCGUUCGUCUCCUUCCCGACCGAGAGGAAUGUUUUGGAGCCGAUGGAUAACGAGCACAGUAUUAACAUUCUUUUGAGGCUGUUUUUGAACAAGGGAGGGGAGCGUGAAGAAUUGUUUAACAUUCGGCCGCCGUUCGGCUGCACACUAAGCACCGCGAAGUAUUUAUGGUUGCAGAUCGGGUGCAAACCGGGCUUAGAGAGAAAGGUAAGGGAGCUGCCUGCGUGCGCCCAGUCCCGACGUUUACCUUAGCCCUGGGUUACCGGAAACUUCCUUCCCGCUCCCGCCUGUGCCUCGCCUUCCCCACCUGCCGCCCCCCCUGCCCUGCCGUCUCUCUUCGGUUCGCUUAACCUUUGUCCUAUUCCUUUGGGCCAAGGGUGGUGGUGGUGGUGAAGGUACCGAAGGUGGAAUCCUCUAUUAGAAUUUAAAUGCGUCGCUCUCCUCCCUCCCCCAUGAGUAACUGAGUUUUCCAAUCCCCCUUCUCAGCAGUUUUCAGAAAUGUUAUUUUGCCCUUAAAAUACAAAAAUCAAAAACAAUGCCACGUAGAUAACUGCUUUAACAUGUAUUGGUGCCAACUCCUCCCUGCUACCCUCUGAAAAAAAUAAUAAAAGCAAUAAAAAAUAAUGAACUUUAAUGAGCUGGGUGAUUUCUUCAGCACUGAGGUUCAUGGAACCUCCAAAUGCUUCUUUUCAUUGAAAAAACAAAAACAAAAAACAAAAAACACAAAACACAAAAAACACAAAAAACUGGAAAAGCAAACCGGCGCCAGGAGGAGACCAUAGUGAAGGAUAUUCAGCUUCCGUUUCUGCAUGAAGCAGUACAUUUCUUUUGGAGGGUCAUUCCCCGGAGUUGAGAGACGAAGCUGAGUCUAGUGUAGGAGAACCUACAGCGCUUAAUUCCUGCUUAAAUCCGUCCUUUUACACCGCGACCCGUCCUUGCUUAACUCCCCACGCACGGGCACGUUUUCUGACCUGAUCUUUUCGGGGGGAAAUGAGAUCUUCCUCUUGGGUUUCCUUCUCUCCUCCCAACCUCCUUCCUUCCUCGCGGGGCUCCUCCAGCCCUGGCAGUUUGUAAACUGCCCGUCUCGCCACCCCUCCUGGUGGGCGUUCUCUCCGCUCUCCGCUCCUGCCCCCUCCGUCCUUCCUUCAUUGGCGCUUUCAGAGCAGAUGCAUCUUUUUUCCUUGGGCUCCCUCUGUCGCCCCCUCCCUCCCGCGCGCCCGCGGCUCCCCACCUGCCCCGCUCCCCUGGCCGCUGCCCACCCUCAAUCCCCAGUCCCAGCCUGCGAGCGGCGGGGCCCAGGGAGAGUGCCCAGGACCCCGGCGCGGAGCGGAGAGCGCGUGGCCGCCGCCGCAGGAGCCGAGCCUGUGCCAGGAGACCCGGCAGGAAAGGCAAGCCGGAGCGGGGGGCCGAGGCCGGAGCCCGUCGGAGCCGGGGAGACCCGGAGACCCGGGUGAAGGCGAGGAGCGCGCAGCGCGCGCCGGCCCAGCCCGGAGGACCGGUGCAGUGGUCUCCAAAGCCGUAGAGCGGCGCCCCUGUGCCUGCAGCUUUUCACCCCAGAGCUGUGCCCUGGGACCAGAGACCGGGAGCUGGGAGAUCCUCCGAGAGGUAUCCAAGAAAGAAAGGGCAGAUUACGAGUGUGCGGGGAGGGCUUCCUGGCGAAACGCGGAGGCUGAGCAGAUGGAGGAACAAUGCCGCCUCCAGAAGCAAACCUUCGCCUGAGCCCUCGGCGGAGCACGGAGCAGCCGCUGCCAGCCUCCUGCUCUCUCCCCAGGCCCUCCGGCUCCUUCUCGGGUGGGUUCCGCCUCGCAGUUUGACAGGAAUAAGAAAGUUGCUCCUCUUCCCCACAACGUUUCCUGCGAGGUGGUUUUCAGACCCGCGUGGUUCCAGUCGAGAUGUCACUUUUUAGAUCCCCCGCGAUGAGCAACUAAUACAUUAUGCAGUAUUGGGCAAUAAACUCUCCCGGGAAGAGAAGGCAGUCCAAACAUUUAAACGGCUCUCCGCUGGCUCCCGCCUGCCUCAGCACAAUGCCUUGAUAUAGAACCACAGCUAACUGGAUUUGAUUUACAAGGAGGAAAUCUACAGUCAAUGGCCACUCUGCUAUAUUGCUACUAUGGAAAACAGAAUGGUCAAUAGGAUAUGGUCUGAUAAAUAGUGAUGACUGAAGAUGCUGCUUCAAUACAUGUGAAAUCAAUGGGAGAUACUUGCUGCAUGGAAAGCUUUCUGAGCUUUUCUCCACAAGUUUGCCUUUGAAAAAUUUGAGGCAUAAUUACUACUAUACAGCCUUUCUCAAGUGGAUGUAAAACAUUUGUCUUACUGCAACCAGACAACCAGACAACUAAUGUGGGACUAUGGCACUUCCCAGAUACCUGUGGCCGAACUAUGUUUGGAGAGCAAUGAUGGCAUGUUUGGUGCACGGAGGAUUGGCUAUCUCCUUGACUCUCUGUAUGUUGGGAAGUUUGCUUCAGGCUGCCCAUGUGCUUUCACAAAAAUUGGAUGAUGUGGACCCACUGGUGACUACCAACUUUGGCAAGAUAAGAGGGGUUAAGAAAGAACUCAAUAAUGAAAUUUUAGGGCCUGUUAUUCAGUUUCUUGGGGUUCCAUAUGCAGCUCCACCAACAGGAGAACAUCGUUUUCAGCCCCCGGAGCCACCAUCUCCUUGGGCAGAUAUCAGGAAUGCCACUCAGUUUGCUCCUGUGUGUCCCCAGAAUAUUAUUGACGGCAGACUGCCUGAAGUCAUGCUUCCUGUGUGGUUUACUAAUAACUUGGAUGUAGUUUCAUCAUAUGUACAAGACCAGAGUGAAGACUGCCUAUAUUUAAACAUAUAUGUCCCAACUGAGGAUGAUAUCCGGGACAGUGGAGGCCCCAAACCAGUGAUGGUGUAUAUCCAUGGUGGCUCGUACAUGGAAGGUACUGGAAAUUUAUAUGAUGGGAGCGUCUUGGCAAGCUAUGGCAAUGUGAUUGUCAUCACGGUCAACUACCGGCUUGGGGUACUUGGUUUCUUGAGUACAGGGGACCAGGCUGCAAAAGGAAACUAUGGACUUCUUGAUCUCAUACAGGCUUUAAGAUGGACUAGUGAAAACAUUGGAUUCUUUGGUGGUGACCCCUUGAGAAUCACUGUGUUUGGAUCAGGCGCUGGGGGUUCAUGUGUCAAUCUGCUGACUUUAUCCCAUUAUUCUGAAGGUAACCGUUGGAGCAAUUCAACCAAAGGACUUUUUCAACGAGCAAUAGCUCAAAGUGGAACAGCCCUUUCCAGCUGGGCUGUUAGUUUCCAACCUGCAAAAUAUGCUAGAAUGUUGGCCACAAAAGUUGGCUGCAAUGUUUCAGAUACAGUAGAUUUAGUGGAAUGCCUCCAGAAGAAGCCUUACAAAGAACUUGUUGAUCAAGAUAUUCAACCAGCCCGAUACCACAUAGCCUUUGGACCUGUGAUUGAUGGUGAUGUAAUACCAGAUGACCCUCAGAUACUGAUGGAGCAAGGAGAGUUUCUCAACUAUGAUAUAAUGUUAGGAGUUAACCAAGGGGAAGGUUUAAAAUUUGUUGAAAAUAUAGUAGAUAGUGAUGAUGGUAUAUCUGCUAGUGACUUUGAUUUCGCUGUUUCCAAUUUUGUUGAUAAUUUAUAUGGAUACCCUGAAGGCAAAGAUGUUUUAAGAGAAACCAUUAAAUUCAUGUAUACCGACUGGGCUGACAGGCAUAACCCAGAGACCAGAAGGAAGACCUUACUGGCUUUGUUUACGGACCAUCAGUGGGUGGCACCAGCUGUAGCUACAGCAGAUCUUCACUCAAACUUUGGUUCACCUACGUACUUCUAUGCUUUUUACCAUCAUUGUCAAACCGACCAGGUUCCAGCGUGGGCUGACGCAGCCCAUGGAGACGAGGUUCCUUAUGUGCUGGGAAUACCCAUGAUUGGGCCUACAGAGUUGUUUCCUUGCAAUUUCUCCAAAAAUGAUGUGAUGCUGAGUGCAGUUGUAAUGACUUACUGGACAAAUUUUGCUAAAACUGGUGACCCAAAUCAACCAGUUCCUCAAGACACAAAAUUCAUCCAUACUAAACCCAACCGCUUUGAAGAAGUAGCAUGGACCAGAUAUUCCCAGAAAGACCAACUUUAUCUCCAUAUUGGAUUAAAACCAAGGGUUAAAGAGCAUUACCGAGCCAAUAAGGUGAACCUCUGGUUGGAGCUGGUACCUCAUCUGCAUAAUCUCAAUGACAUUUCUCAGUAUACCUCGACAACAACUAAAGUGCCAUCAACUGACAUCACUCUCAGACCUACGAGAAAAAAUUCUAUACCGGUCACAUCCGCCUUUCCCACCGCUAAGCAAGAUGAUCCCAAACAACAGCCAAGUCCGUUUUCAGUGGAUCAAAGGGACUACUCCACGGAGCUGAGCGUCACUAUUGCAGUCGGAGCAUCGCUGCUCUUUCUGAACAUCUUGGCUUUUGCAGCCCUAUACUACAAAAAGGAUAAGAGGAGACAUGAUGUUCACCGAAGGUGUAGCCCUCAGCGCACUACGACCAACGACCUGACCCAUGCCCAGGAAGAGGAAAUCAUGUCUCUCCAAAUGAAGCACACUGAUUUGGAUCAUGAAUGUGAGUCCAUCCAUCCACAUGAGGUGGUUCUUCGGACCGCCUGCCCCCCAGAUUACACACUAGCUAUGAGAAGAUCACCUGAUGAUGUUCCUUUAAUGACACCCAACACUAUUACGAUGAUUCCCAACACCAUACCAGGGAUUCAGCCCUUACACACAUUCAAUACAUUUACUGGAGGACAGAACAACACUCUGCCCCACCCCCACCCCCACCCCCAUUCACAUUCAACAACCAGGGUAUAGCCAGAUAAGAGAAACAAACUAUUUUUUUGAUGGAUUACAGUAAAAGAUUACUGAAGAUUCCUUGGUUUUCAACCUACAAGACUCUCAUUAUUUAAAUAAGGAGGAAUAUUAUGUGAAUAUACAUAUCAAGAACUUGGGGGUUUUGAAAAUAUGAAUUGUAUAUAUAUAUACAUAAAUCAACUUUAAAAACAAAUUGCAAUUGCUUGAAGCAGUUGUUCUGAAUGAUACUUUUUCAUUCACAUUCAAGAAUUAAUUUUUUGAAGAUUUAAGUUACAUAAUGGAAUUAGGCAUGUGGAACACCAAGCAGGAAAGAACUAUGUCUGAAAUAUCAAAAAAUAAAAAUUAAAAAACAACUAUGAAUAUGCACAAGGGACACACCAAUGGAAUGUCAGAUAAUUUUCACCAGUUUUUAUUUGGAGCCGUUUUAUUGUGUAGACCAUAUUUACAUAUUUGGAUAAGUACACAAAGCACCAAUGCUGUUAAUGGCCUUAGCAGAGGCUCAUGCUGAAAUUUGCCAGUAAAACAAAGAAGUUUAAAGACUGGCAGGUACAACAUUAUCACAUAAGUGCUGUCAGUAUAAAGUUGUGGGGAUAAAGGAAACUGGAUAUUUUAAGCACGAUGUGCAUGAUAAUUUAUAUGCUUGGUGGCUGUGCUGCUGAUUAAGCCGUAAUUAAAAUUCUUUUCAUCCCAUUGGAGUUUUUAAUAGAAGCUUCCUCCAUCAAUUGGCAGAAUCUAAAGAAGAUUUUAAGGGGCAAAAAUAAUGACAGUAAAAUAAAUCACAGUAGUGUCAAUAAUAGAUGGGAUUAGUUAUUAAAUGUAUUUGAGGAAACUAUAGGUUUAGUGAUGAAUACUCGCUGAUAUGAAUCCCAGAAAAAAAAGUUUUCCUGUGUUUUAAUAUUCUUUUCAUUCUCAUAUAAAUAAUUUAUAAAAAUAUAACCCCAAUUGGACAUGUGUUACAGGAUCUACAGUUUGCUGUGGUUUUUGUUAGUCUGUAUUUUGUUCCUUUUAGUAAGGUGAAGUGUGUCCAAAGGAUUACUCACAACAGUCUUUUAUGAUAUGAGGGUGCCCCAAAAUUAUCAUUCUGAGUACAGUUCUCAGUUAAUUGAUUUACUCAUGUUGCAUGACAAAAUGUUUAAUAAUAGUAAUUCAAUAUAAAGUUAUGUCCCGCUUCACAUCACUUAACUUUCUCACUGAGGUUCAUUCACUGGAAUUUAUUCACACACUCUCAGUAGAGUACAACAUAGAAACAGAACCUAAGAGAGUUGACACCUGGAAGAUUUUAGUCUUACACAUAUGUGUGAUUUUAAAUGAAUUUCUAAGAUCACAGGAAACUCUUCAUCUCCCUGUUGUUUACCAAUAAUAUCAGUAUGUCACAGACCUUUCCAAAUGUUUGUAUAUGUAAUCAGAUGUACAUUUAUAUUAAAAAAAUGAGAUGGACUUAAAGAGCACAUCCUGACAAAUACUUUCUCUUACCUGUACUAUAUUUCUAUUAGACUAAAGUUAUGUGAUUUUUUUUUACAUUUUUUCAGAUGACUAGCAAUUUUGAUAGUUUGUAAGAUAAUGCAAAGAACUUUCUCUGACAAACUAACUGCAGUAACAGAAACCUUUCUUUUCAGUUACUCUUUUUCAAGAAUGAAAGCUUAUUAUACAAAAGAAAAAUAUUGUAUACUACUUGAUGGAAACAACUUUGUACAUCUCGGCCAUGUCACUGGUCAUUGCGUGAAAUAAAGAUAAUCUGGAUAAUGACUAUUAGUCAAAUGCUAAGAGACAUGAUUUUUGCUCAUUAAAGAGCUAAAAUGUUUAUUGCUGUUUUGUCUUUUUUUAAAAAACAAAAACUAAAAGAACAUUACUGUCUCAAAGAGUCAUUUUUCUAGACCAGUCCGGCUUUUGAAGUCAUACGAGUAACUUCUACAGAAAACACAACCAUGUAUUUAGAGGGAAGUCUAAGCAAAGAUUAACAUGUGAAGGUGUGAUAGUAUGCAUUUAUAAGCUUCAGGAACUCAUGAAAAACACUAGCUUUGAUUUUUUAAGUAACCCUUUUGUGAAGGUGCUGUAGAAGGAAAGUACCAGCUGUUCUCCGGUAGAAACGCACGUUCCAUUUUUCAAUCAUCAGGGAAAAGGUCUAUGGAAAAUAAAUGUGUGAUAUUUCAGGAAAUAAAAAUAUCUAGGUUCUUAGUGCAAAAGUAAUUAAACUAUCAUAAAGUAAUGGAUAAAAGGUUAUCAUAAGAAGAAUUUGUGUUGAGCAAGAUAAUUAAACUGACACUAGAAAAUAUAAAUAUAUAUGUAUAUAUAUAUUUCAAGUGGUUUCUUUCAUUAUAAUUUCUCCUCCCAAUUAUUAACUAUCAAUAAAAUAUAGAUAUUAUUCCAUAAUGUCCAAUAAAUACCUCUGUUAGAAGUAAAAGUCUUCAAAAUCCAGAGUGGUCUAUAUUCAAUUUUUGCCUGAUGUGGUUAUGUUUUUAGACUGUGAACUGCCAAUGUAAACCAAUAAAAAGAAAUGUUUAGCAUCCGAAGUACUGUUUAAUCAGAAAACUGUGUUUUACUAUACUAAUUUUAAAAAGGGUAAAAACAGAAAGAGAAGUACCAACAAAAUAAUAUGUGAAUGAAUACUUUCAUAUGCAUUAUUACUUUAUGUGGCAAAGCCAAGCAUUUGAUUGUAUUUUAUUGAUGGCCAUAUUUUUAUCUACACACCCUUUAUUCUACAGUUAAUCAAUCAAUCAAUCAAUCAAUCAGUUUACCUGUGCAUAAUAUAUCUGAUAUCUACUUUAUAUUAAUUUAGGGAACUAAUUUAGGAAAACAAAGCAUAGUCCCACUCUUUUCUCUAAAUUAAGAUAGUAUCUGUCAAGUUUAUGGAAGAUAAAACAGCCAGAUUUUAUUAUUGUUUUCAAGUCAUGUGGUGAAGUUAUUGUGAAUGAGUGUUGUUGUUAGUUUUAUAAUUACAGCCUCUGGUUUUCUGAAUGUAAAAUGAUGUCCCGUAGUCAGCAGAAUAAUAAGAACAUUUUGUUUUAAAAUUUUCUUUUUAUUAGUACAUGUUUGCAGUAAAUAUGAUUAAAUUUUUCAUGAAGAGUUGAUACAUGUACUGUUUUUAAAGCUGAAACUUUAUUUUCAAAUGCAAGGAAAAAAUUCCUCAACAUUGUUAUUCAGUUUUAGGCAAUAUAUUAAAAAUGUAUUUAUAUAGAUGAUCAUUUGCUUUAGAAUAAAAAGUAAGUACCAAAUUUCAAAAUACUAUUUUGGCCUUAUAUAUUAAUUCAGGUUUUCCUGCCUUGGAUUAAACUGUAACCAAACCAGGUUGUUUAGAAUUACUAUCAUUAAGCUAAAAUGAUCUCUAUUUCAUUGAUUUGCUCUUCUACAAAUUUUUUCCAAACAUUUAUCAAAAGAUUAACACUGUAUUAGAGUAUGAGAUAAGAAAUAGUAAGGUAACAGUUUUAAUACUUUCAAAUUUUUAUUGAGCGUGCUGACUGUGAAAAUGACUACUGCAGAUAUUUAACAAAUUUCAUCGUUUUAUGCAAAUUAGAACAAAAUUUGCUGAAACAUUAUACCAAAUUUAAAAGUUGAUUAAAAAUGUAAUUUAAUUCAGACUUCUUGAUCUGUUCAAUAAAAAUUUUUUAGAACUUUUACCAUAUGUAGUAUUAAGUACGCAAAGAUAGUGAUAAUUUCAUUGCAGAAAUUAAGAGCCAAAACUCAAUUACUAUGGUAUAAUAUAUACUGUAACAACAGUUAUUUCACCUGUUGGAAUAUUCAUGCUGACACACAUAUUAAUCACAACAAAAAUAUAUAAAGAAUGUAGUAACUGUGUUCCAGCUUUAAAGACUCUACUACACAGAGAUCACUGGGAUUCUUUUCUUUGGCGAGUUUCACUGAAAUGUUUUCACAGAGCAAAAUGACAAAUGGUAUUCUUAGGAAGCUGUCAAACAUCAUGGCAGUCCUUUGAUGUUAGUAAUUUUGUUUUCCACUGUGUUAUUGGUUCAAAGUACUGGCCUUUUCCCUCAUUUCUAGUAAUUAGUUGUUAUAGACUAUCACUUUUUAAUGUCAGUGAAAAUUAGAUAAUUUGUUAUACUUGUGAAAACAUGUUCCCAAAUAAAUUCAAUUAAUGGGCA